CCACAGUCAGUCAGUCCAUCAGUCGAGUGUGACAACGACAACUUUUCCCCAUUUUUGCUCCACCAUCAUCACCAUCGCCCAUCAGAGCCAAGUCAGGCCAGGAGAAAAGAAGUUCAGAUAAUAGCACAGAUUCGUCGUCAGCAUAGCCAAAAGUAACUAAAUUAGUGCUCGAGAGUGAAAUUCGCGAUCCGGAAGAUUGGUACGUUGUGCGCGAUCUAACUAAAAGUGUGGAUAAUAAUGCCCAGGAAGGCUAUCGAAUCCGGAUUAAAGUGUUGACGAUUCAUAAUAAUUAUUGGUGAAGAAAGAGUGUGCAAUUUUAGAGGAAAUCCUUGGAGUGGUGUGAAAUAGUUUUGCAGCUGAAAAAAAAAAACGAAGGCAGAGAGAAUAUAACGAACGGUCGCACUUGAAUGUAGAGCUGAGCUCUGAAGAAUCGAAUUAACGGAAUUAGGCACACACGGGUGCCCACCGACCAUCCCCUCGAUCGCCCAGAAGAGAGAGAGAGGCGCAACCACAGAGAGCAGACACAAUGGCAGAAACGGCGAAACCGGUCCAGGUGGUCGAAACCGGCGAGGAGCACUCAUUCACACUGAACGAAGAUGCCCUGACGGAAAUUUUGCUGCAGGAAAAUGUGCGAGACCGAACGGUGGUUGUCAUUUCAGUUGCCGGAGCAUUCCGGAAAGGCAAAAGUUUCUUGUUGGAUUUCUUCCUGCGGUAUAUGUACUCGAAGUAUGUUCACAAUAAAAGCGCCUCAGAAUGGCUGGGAGAUGAAAAUGAACCCCUCACAGGAUUCUCGUGGCGGGGUGGCAGCGAACGGGACACAACCGGCAUCCUAAUGUGGUCGGACAUAUUUCUGCAUGAGACACCAAGUGGAGAAAAGUAUGCCAUCAUCCUGAUGGACACCCAGGGCGCCUUCGACAGUCAAAGCACAGUGCGGGAUUGUGCCACAGUGUUUGCUCUCAGCACAAUGCUCUCGUCCGUACAGAUAUACAACCUGUCACAGAACAUUCAGGAAGAUGACCUCCAACACCUGCAGCUUUUCACCGAGUACGGUAGGUUGGCGUUGGCCGACAGUGGCAAGAAACCCUUCCAGCGGCUACAGUUUCUGGUCCGAGACUGGAGCUUUCCGUACGAGGCUGAAUACGGUGCAUCUGGAGGCGACGUGAUUCUGAAGCGGCGCUUGGAAGUGCAAGACAAACAACACCCCGAACUGCAGUCCCUCCGACGUCACAUCACCUCCUGCUUCACGGAAAUCGCAUGCUUUCUGAUGCCGCAUCCAGGUCUGACGGUGGCCACUAACCAGAAGUUUGACGGCCGACUAGCAGACAUUACGCCCGAGUUCAAACAGAGCCUGAAGGAACUGGUACCGAUGCUACUGUCGCCGGCAAAUCUGAUACCCAAGGAAAUCAACGGACAGAAGGUGAAAGCACGCGACCUCGUUCAGUACUUCAAGUCCUACAUGGCCAUCUACAAGGGUAACGAACUGCCUGAGCCGAAGAGCAUGCUGGUGGCGACGGCAGAGGCGAACAAUCUGACCGCAGUGGCAGCCGCUAAGGACAUCUACACCCAGCUGAUGGAGGAUGUCUGCGGUGGAAACAAACCGUACUUGAACACGGCACAUUUGGACUCGGAACACAAUCGGAUCAAGGAGAAGGCCCUGCAUCAAUUCUCCUCCAAGCGGAAGAUGGGCGGCGAAGAGUUCUCCGAAAAGUACCGCGAGCGGUUGGAGCAGGAUCUGGACGACUCGUACGUCACGUUCAAGGCGCACAACGAGAGCAAAAACAUUUUCAAGGCGGCCCGGACACCGGCAGUCUACUUUGCCAUUGCCGUCGUCAUGUACAUCUUCAGCGGUAUCUUCGGUCUAGUUGGACUGUACACGUUUGCCAACUUUGCCAACCUGAUCAUGGGCAUCGCACUGCUAACGUUGGCCACGUGGGCCUACAUUAGAUAUAGCGGCGAACUGAGCGAUUUUGGCGUGCGGUUAGACGAAAUUGCCAACCUGCUGUGGGAAAAUAUCAUGAAACCAGUGUAUCAAUCGUGCAUGGAGAAGGGUAUCCAGCAUGUGGCAACCCACGCGACCGAGUAUGCCAUCAGCGGCGGGGCGUCAUCUCCGUCGUCCCGGUCAAAUGCCGCUGCCGGUUCUCGUCAGCUGAACGGUAAGGUGAAGCGCUCUUGAGAGUACGCUUCCGGUGUCUUCAACGACGAUCAACAGCAGCAGCAGCAGUUGGGUGGGCGACAGUGGUGGAAAUGGUUGCCAACUGACCAUCAGCAGUACCGACGCCUGCUCAGCAGCGGCAGCAACGGUGGUAACAACAAUACUAGGUUUAGUGGUUUCUUCGAUAACCUUAGAGGUAACACCAGUAGCAGUAGCAGUAACGUUAAGCGAAAUAUCGACACCGAUAACAACAACAGUAGGACGGGCCGUGUUUGCAGCAGUGCUGCCAGUGGUGCUGUUGGCCCUGCCACUAAGCCCAACGGCCGACGACGAACGAAGAAAUAAAGCCUGCGAUUCUAACCCUCGACACAAGUGACAAUGCUCCGACAGCAAUCGGCUUACAAGAAUAACGUUCUCUAAAACCCAGACCAGACCCAUCCAUUUACGUUGCAUUUCAUUUUGUUUAAUUGCUAUUAUCAAUAUUUUGUUGGCCCCGGAUGUUUAAUAUAAAUAUUACUACAAUUGUGUUACGAUUAAAAACUUUUAAAUGUGAAAAGUGUCACGCUGAUUUCCGCAUCCUGAUUGAAUCCUUACAAAAUGUGCCAAACUGAAAUACAUCGGCUUUGAACUGUUGAACAAAUCUGCAUUCUUGCCAAACAGAUGGGAAAAAGAAUUCCUGAAACUCACACACGAGCAGUUCUGCUUUUUAUGGGUCCGCUGAUCAGUGGGAAAAUAUUCUAAAUUUUUGAAGCAACCUAUAUGUUGCGGUCCUAACGUAUCGAAACAGGAUGUCCGCUUGAUGGUUCGACAAUACGAACAUGUCACGAUCAGCGUGUUAUGGACUCUUCAGAGGAUUUCAAACUGUGUAAUAUUCUAUGUUAUGUUAUUGAUAAGGGAAAUAAACGGGAAUCACCUGUAAAUAGAAGCUGAAUAAAAAUCUCUAACACACAGACGUGGAAAUCGGGAAGUUGGUCGUUCUUUCGUUGAAGUAUAUUUUUUAAGAGCUACUACCACACCCAAACGAGCACGAAAUUAAUAUCCCAAAUCACACCGAAUUUGAAAGCUUGCUAUAAAAAAAUGUUGCGCAUGUGGUUCCUAUCACACUUAGUAAUUCUCGCUGGAACCAGCCUGCCGCUGCCAUCGGCACAUAUCGUAAGAAUUCAAAUUUGCUGACGCUGUUCGUUAGUAAUAUGUUAAUGUUAUGCCAAAUGUCAUUUAUGCUACAUGGUGUUAUGCCAAAUAGUCCAGGAUCCUCACUUUGGUGGACCCCUUUAACGCCAGCAAGUUAAACAGUUUGCGAAAAAUACGUCUCAUAUUCUCCUUGAAACAUGUUUCACGAUUUUGACCUAUAUUGCGAGUGCAAUCAAUGCAAACAACAUUUUUGUAUAAUAAAUUAACAAGCUUCGCUGGUUCUUUCCUCGAAUCAAGUAACAAAUAGCAUUAUUAUUUGGAAUGAAAAUCUGGCGGCCAUGUUGGAUUUUGACGCCAUCUUAGUUUGGAACAGCGAAUAUAAACCAUAUGAAACGAUGGCGGCCUGGUUUCAGCGAGAGCCACUCACUUUCAAAAAACGAUAGCUGAUCUCCUAUUGGCCGUUACACUAUUUAUCAUAAUGGCCCAUUUGACAAAACGCCUUCCAGUCUGAUUGAACUCGACUGCGUAGAGUUGUAAUGCGAGUCUCACUCCAGGUAAUCAAAUAGCACUUUGAUUCGCUCUGCUUGCUAAAAUAGUGCUAUUAUACAGCUGACAUGCCCUAAAUUAGCCGUAUAGCACUAUACGCCUUAAACGAUGAAUUAUCGGGCUAGUGAUUACCUGGACCUUUUUUGACACAAUGCGUUUGAUGUGAUUCUCCUGUAUUAAUUUGUUUUAAAUGUUUUUACCUACCACCACACUACAGAGUAUCGAUCGGGGCACAGGUGUUAGAUAACUAUUUAAGAAUGACCAACAGCUUGAAGCAAGUGGGAGUGAAAAUGCAAUAUAUUUUAUUGAUAUUGUUUUUUUUAGCAUAAAUCGUUAAUCAUAGCUCGUGGACGAAAACAAGAGUACUAAGGUAGGAAAAGUGGGUGGUAAAAUCUUGUUCAUCUCUAUGUUUCCCAUUUCUUUUUUUUUUCAAUCGAGCAAGUGUUGUUGAAUAGGAUUACUAGUGAAAUAUUUUUUUUCGUAUAUUUUUAACCCAUAAGAAAGUUGGUUAUUUCCCACUCGUCGCAUAGACGAUGGUCACCUUGUGACUUGUGAACCGUACUGUGAAAUUACAUUUUUCCAUACUAUCCAGAUACACGUGCGCAUAGAUUUCUCUGGUUAAAGCCUUGAACACACAUUACACAUAAUCAAAUCAUAUGUAAAAAGUAAAAUUGGCUUUGUGCAUUUUUGCUCAAUGAAUGUCUGUCGUUUGUUUUUCUGGUAAGUUUUAUCGCCUUGUUCUAUGUGGAUAAGUGUAGUUUCGAUUAAACGAUGAAAUACAUGAACUUGGAAGGGCGUAAAAUAAAAUACAUGUGUAGUUUUUUUGUUUGUAAACUAAGCUAGUUUUGUACAUCAUCGAAUGUAGUGAUAAAAAUGAAUUAUGUCACGCGAGAUUGCUACCUACACAAAGACAGAAAAAAGGUUAAUCGGCAGAACAUACACCCACUACCGAUAGUGGCAGCUUAUAGUCGGCGAACACGAAUUGAAAAAAAAAAACGGAAAAUACGACGUACAGAGUAGCAAGUGAAAUUAAUAUAUUGACGAAACGUGAACCCCCAUCAUGAGGGAGAAAUACGACAGUUGGGAGCGAGAGUUAUUACGUGAAUUAUUUUUUAUAUUAAAGUUACAAAAAAUAGGACUCAAA